AACGCUGUGACUUCUUUAAGUCUGUCUACUGGCGGCGAGUGCAUGAUUGAUUGUCCAGAUAAACAUUGUCAGCCCGAGGCCUGCUGUCCAAAUGGCAGUGCACCGAUAGCUUUGAAUCACUUUGGCUCUUCUGCUGCCGAAUAUUUGACAUCUCAGAACUCCGAGCUCCCAGCUUGUCAGCUUAUGCCAUCCGGUGAGACCCUGCUCAAGUCAAACAGGUCUAAGUUUAGCCACGCAACUGGUUCCGAGGUCUUUCAAGUCGAUGAGACACUUAAUCUAGCUGGUAGCCCAUGGGGUCGAGUCUAG